GCAGGGCCGUGCUCCCUCUGGAGCCUGUAGGGGAAGAUCCUUCCUUGCCUCUUCCAGGGUCUGGUGUCCCCAGGCGGUCCUUGGCUUGUGAUUGUGCGCCUCCAGUCUCCACAUGGCAUUCUCCCCGUAUUUCUGCGUUGUCUUUCCUCUGAGCAUGUCUGUCUCCGUGUCUACAUUUCCCUGUUUUGACCAUAAGGACGUGGGUCAUACCGGAUUAGGGCCCACCCUUGGACCUCAGCAUAGUCUGUAGCUUCUGUAGACGCCCUGUUUCCAAAUAAGGGCACAUUCUGAGCUACUGGGGUUAGGGUUUCCGUAUCUCUUGUGGAGGGGGACAGACACAGGUCAGGCUUCGAUGCUGGGAAGACAGCGGAGGCCCCCAUAUUGGGCUGGUGGGGGGCAUGGGCUGGGGCCAGGGCUGGCUUUAAAGAGGGAACAGAUGGCCCAGAGGGGAGGUGUGCGGGGAUGGGGACACAGUACGGGAUCAUAGGCCUGGUGUCCGGGGCCUUUCCCCGUUCUGUCCUCUGACAGGGCCUCUUGCGAGAGGGCCUCCCUCACAGGAGAUGACGGGCGGCCCCCGUCCUCACUCUCUGGGCCCGACACUGUGUCAGCACCGGGGGUAGAGCAGGGAGUGCGAGUGUCCCUGCGUGGUGGAGCGUGGAGAGGAGGGCGACACGCAGGUUCAUGGGCGGGGGAGGCGAGACCUGCAGCCUCAUCGCCGAAGGCCUCAGCACCGCCCUGCAGCUAUUCGAUGACUUCAAGAAGAUGCGGGAGCAGAUUGGCCAGACACACCGCGUCUGCCUCCUCAUCUGUAACUCGCCCCCUUACCUGCUGCCCGCCGUCGAGAGCACCACGUACUCUGGGUACACGACGGAGAGUCUCGUGCAGAAGAUCGGGGAGCAAGGGAUCCACUUCUCCAUCGUGUCUCCCCGGAAGCUGCCUGCCCUGAGGCUUCUGUUCGAGAAGGCGGCUCCCCCGGCCAUGCUGGAGCCGCUGCAGCCACCGACGGAUGUGAGCCAGGACCCCCGGCACAUGGUGCUGGUGCGGGGGCUGGUGCUGCCGGUUGGGGGUGGCUCAGCCCCAGGCCCCCUCCAGCCAAAGCAGCCUGUGCCCCUGCCUCCAGCUCCACCCUCAGGCGCCUCGCUCUCAGCAGCCCCCCAGCAGCCUCUGCCCCCGGUCCCCCAGCAGUACCAGGUCCCUGGGAACCUGAGCGCAGCUCAGGUGGCUGCCCAGAAUGCGGUGGAAGCCGCCAAGAACCAGAAGGCUGGGCUGGGCCCACGCUUCUCACCCAUUAACCCUCUCCAGCAAGCUGCUCCAGGAGUGGGUCCCCCCUUCAGCCAGGCACCGGCCCCACCACUACCCCCGGGGCCCCCUGGCGCCCCCAAGCCACCCCCUGCUUCCCAGGCCAGCCUGGUCUCCACCGUGGCUCCCGGCCCGGGCCUGGCCCCGCCUGCACAACCUGGGGCACCGUCCAUGGCGGGCACAGUGGCCCCAGGCGGGGUGAGCGGCCCUUCCCCAGCCCAGCUGGGGGCCCCGGCCCUCGGUGGGCAGCAGUCAGUCUCCAACAAACUCCUGGCCUGGAGCGGGGUCCUUGAGUGGCAGGAGAAGCCCAAACCCGCCUCGGUGGACGCCAACACCAAGCUGACGCGGUCGCUGCCGUGCCAGGUCUACGUGAAUCACGGCGAGAACUUGAAGACCGAGCAGUGGCCCCAGAAGCUCAUCAUGCAGCUCAUCCCGCAGCAGCUGCUGACCACCCUGGGCCCUUUGUUCCGGAACUCAAGGAUGGUGCAGUUCCAUUUCACCAACAAGGACCUGGAAUCCCUGAAAGGCCUCUACCGGAUCAUGGGCAACGGCUUUGCCGGCUGCGUGCACUUCCCCCACACGGCGCCCUGCGAGGUGCGCGUGCUCAUGCUCCUGUACUCGUCCAAGAAGAAGAUCUUCAUGGGCCUCAUCCCCUACGACCAGAGCGGCUUCGUCAACGGCAUCCGGCAGGUCAUUACCAACCACAAGCAGGUCCAGCAGCAGAAGCUGGAGCAGCAGCGCGGGAUGGGGGCACAGCAGGCACCCCCCGGGCUGGGCCCCAUUCUGGAGGACCAGGCGAGACCCUCACAGAAUCUGCUCCAGCUCCGCCCACCACAGCCCCAGCCUCAGGGCACCGUGGGGGCCUCUGCGGCCUCGGGACAGCCCCAGCCCCAGGGUGCCGCCCAGGCCCCCCCGGGCGCCCCCCAAGGCCCUCCUGGAGCAGCCCCCGGCCCCCCCCCUCCUGGACCCAUCCUUCGGCCUCAGAACCCUGGGGCCAACCCCCAACUGCGGAGUCUUCUCCUCAACCCACCGCCGCCCCAGACUGGCGUGCCCCCACCCCAAGCCUCCCUCCACCAUCUCCAGCCACCAGGGGCUCCUGCACUGCUGCCCCCACCACACCAGGGCCUGGGGCAACCCCAGCUGGGGCCCCCGCUCCUGCACCCACCACCCGCCCAGUCCUGGCCCGCACAGCUUCCCCCAAGAGCUCCAUUGCCAGUGGCAAAACGAAAGAGAGACCGAGAGGGCCACGUGUUUCGAGAAAAAUGGGAGCGAGCCUAUUUCUUUGUGGAAGUGAAGAGUAUGCCUAUGUGCUUAAUAUGCAAAAAAAUCGUAUCUGUGUUGAAAGAAUACAACCUGAGACGUCAUUAUGAAUCCAAGCACGGUAAGAGCUUCGACCAGUACACAGAACAGACGCGAGAUGCGAUACUCAAUGAACUGAAAAAGGGCCUCAAACGUCAGUAGGGUUUGCUUCGGAAAGAAAGCAGGUCAUAGACGUGGCGUGGCCGCGAGACACAGUUCCAGAGUAGCGAGAAAAGAACUUCCCCGGGCAUUAUAAACUCCACAGACGGCGAGUUUAUAAAGGAGCGGGAUGACGCAUCCCGGACAGAAACACACGCCAGUCGAGACUGUCACUUCAGCCAAACGGACAUUUGUGUCGCGCCGUGAGUCGAAGAUAAACCAGAGGAUUUCCAAGUCCGGUCGCUUGAAAGAGUCCGAUCAUUUGUGGCCUUUUCUGUCGUCGCUCACGAACUAUUACUGCCAGCCGGUUAGCUUUAUUUAUUUGUGGUGUUGAGGAUUUUGACGUGACCGAAGAAACCUGUGACACGGUGCCGAGGCAGGCCCGGCACUGGGAGCUGAGCUAUUUUUUAUGUACCGAGAGAAAUGACGAGCCUCACAUAGACUGGCGAGAAUUCCUAAGCGCGGCGGCAGACAGGUGCGGUAACCUAAUGACCUGUGUCCCGGGGAGGGGGUGGGCAUUGUCAGGACUCCUCAGUCCCAGGGGGCAACAUCUGGCCAGGACGCAAGGCGGCUCGUUGCCUCAAUUGCCAGGAAUCGAGUCGCGUUCAGAAAGUACCCGGAACACACCGCGGACGUCCUCGACACGACACCUGACCUUUAAGUGUGGGCAGGUUGAAUGUGAACUUGAUUGAUGUAUUUUCCAGAAGCACUGUGACCUGGUCGUCACGUGAUGGUAUGGAAGGAACCUGAACAGUUGAAAUCUGUCCCCUCGGUUCCUUUCCAAUGAGGCGAAGGCCACACCCCCUGAGAAGGUCGGUCAAAGACUUCCGGUGGAGGUCACAACCCCUCUGAACACUGUUUCUCUGCAAAGACGUUCACAAACAGCUACUUGAAUGUAUGAUCGUGUUUGCCCCGUCCCGGCAAAGAUGGGGAAGCCGUCGGCAAGGAGUAUUUUUCCUUUGCCACGGUUGGGUUUCCAGAAGCGAAAGACACGGCCUGGACCGCAUUCACCCAGACUGUGGGCUUCAAGACCAAAUUCCCCUAAAGGCUCUCUGCAUCCAGACUUUGUGAAAAGGAACUGACACUGUCCGGUUGGCCUUUGCGGGUUGCUGUCGAUCGUGUGAAUGCAGACCCGAGCAGUUGCUGAACCACAGUGCAAUAGGGUGCUGGUUUCCUAGAUGUGAUUCUGGUGAAGAUCACAGCCGUACAACUCUCCCCAGUAGUUGUUUUGAGUCUCUGUGUCUGGAAGUACCCACGCCGGCGAACGGCUGUUUUCCGUUACAAAACUGAAUCGAGCGAAACACCGUUCCCAGUUCAGGAUUCAGGGUUGAAUUCUAAACUGCCCGUCCCGUCCCACCGUGACAUCCAAAGGCCUGACGUUGACCUCUCGGUGCGGAAGGGAUGAUGUCAGCCUUUGGCUUCAAAUCAAAGGAGCAACAGAAGUAACGAAAGAGAAAAUUUUAAUAAUUAAAUAUUUCUAUUUUUCAAUCUGUAUUUUUUCAAUUUUGAAUCUGAAAUAUGAACGCCAGUAUCACACAUGUUUGUAUUGUGUUCCGUGCAUUCGCCAUCGUUCAGUAAAGAUACAAUUUGAUGAUA